GAUAACUUUUUAAAAACUGAUUUGUCGUUGUUCCUCAAAGUGUUCCUGUCGGCUAAAAUAUAUUUGCGAUUGGUUUCUUCGGUCACUGCCUCAAACCGAGAGCUCCAUUCAAUUUCUCAAGGUGUCUUGCAUAUAUUUAUUACACUUUUUUUUUUAAAUGAGUUGAUUUUGCAGUGGAUCAUGCAGCUUUAAAGAAGCCUAAAGUUUGAGCGCGGUUUGGACUUGGGCAACACGUAAUGCACAAGAGGCAGACAGUAUGGAGAAACUGACCUCAAGCAGCGGAUCUGGGGGGUGGACUGGUAGUGCUUUUCUCUUCCUUCAGUCGAACCUCCAACAGGUAGAUCUUCCAGUCUUGUACAAAAACCCGGAACAGAAAAUCAACGUUUUCAAAGCUCUUAAGCUAACACUAUCAGAUUCUGCGGGUGGCCUGGAUGGGUAUGAAAUUCUGAAAGUACACGACACAGACUCAGACCUGAUAAUCCAGAUCAAGUUCUCUGAUGAGAUGCACUGCAUGGCAUUUCUCGAGAGCUACGCCAGUGGAGGCCUGAAGCAGUGCUUAGGUCAGCACCUGAGGGCUGUGCUCUCCGUCACAGAGGAACUGGAGUUUGAUAUUAAACUCAAAGCUGGCAGAAAAACGCUGGACGAUUUUCUCAAAGAUCGAGAUCGCUGUCUGCGCUGCAUCAAGGAGGCCCAGCCUGAUCGGCUGAAGGAUGAUGAAGUAGCCCAGCUAGAGAAGGCUCUCCAGAGUUUGAUGCUGAAUGACAGGCAUCCCUCUGAAGCCAUGCACAAAGGGUCCUUCUCCUCCUCCUCCUCCUCCUCCUCCAAGCCUCUGUCCCCAGCCAUACCCCCAAACUCUAGAGAAGAAGGCUCUCUGCUCCCGAGCAACAGUUUCAAGUUCCAAGGGAGAGUUUACGAUGACAGGCGGCUGACCUCCUCGGAUCACCAGAAGUUUGCCUUUGAAAUCGGCAAGCAGUGGAAGAAGGUGGGCCGCUCUCUGCAGAAAGGAUGCAGAGCCCUGAAGGACCCUGCCAUCGAUAACCUGGCCUAUGAGUUCGACAGAGACGGCCUCUAUGAGCAGGCCUACCAGAUGCUCAACAAGUUCCGCCAGUCCGAGGGGAAGAAAGCCAAGCUGAGCAGGCUGAUUAGCGCCUUGGAGGAGAAUGGGCUGAUGGGAAUUGCAGAGAGGAUGCUGGAUAUUCAGCCUGCAGAGAGGCAGUGAGCUGAGAGCAGGAUGAACCCCCUCCUCUUAACUCUAGUUAUUUUUUUAUUACCUGUAAAUACAGAUCUGCAUACAUUUACAUUUGUCCUAAAGCAAGUUAGUCAACUGUGCCCUCCCACGGUGCAUGGGAUAUGAAAGACAAACCCGAGCUGGCUUUCAGCUACCUGCUUUGUCUUAUAUAGGUUAUGUUGGGAGUUCCAGCCGCAAUACAGCUAAGUACAAUCCUGUGCAGAUUGGGAAGCAUGCUGCACCUGAUCUUCCAACACCAUUCGAGCUGCUAAUAAUAAUAAUAGCUCACAGGCUCUGAGCUGAAGGAAUCUGACCACAAAGAUUUCAAAGGUGCAGCUCAGAGCACCUCAUUAUUCCAAGAAAGAAUGUGUGUUAGGAGUGAUAUUCCAGUAUACGACUGGUAAUCAUGUAUUCACUGCCAGACACUUCUUGCUCGCUGCAUUAGUGCUAUUUUUAAAUUAGACAGGCAGGUGUUUCAUUUUUAAUCCUCGUAUAAGUAUGCAUGAUUGUUUAUUUUUUUAUGGGAAAGGCUAAUGUAAUCUGUAAUCGCGGUGUAAUAAUUGAAUUAGCAGGCACUCCCUUGGCUUGGAGCCUUAAAUUAAACCACAAUUACAGCCAGUAAUGGCCCUGCAGAGCAGUAUAAGGAACAGCAGCGUCUGUCAGAACAUGCAGACAUGGGUUUGCAGUUUUUCUGUUCAGUGCUUCAAAGACUAACGUCGUCUUCAGGCUUAACCGCUAAUCGUGACUCUGUUUUCAUAAAGCUCUGGGUGGUUAUCCAGCUUCCCUGAAACCCUUCAGAAUCCUUUGCACUCGACAGAUUCACCAGCAUUCGAAAACAUUAGAAAAGCUUCUGGUAUGUCACUCCUCUGCCCUGUCUGCCCUUCGCACUGUUUCCACAGCUUGAGUGAAAUCGGUUUCUUCGUACAGGCUGACAAUCAAUGUUAGUUGCUGUUGUUUUGUUUAGUUUUUUUAAACAUGUGCAUAUAUCCAUCAUCAAGUAUACUUUUGUAUUGUUUUUGUAUCAUGAUUCAUGCUUAUUAUAACAGAAAUCAAUUCCCACUGUUUGGGAGUGCACAAGAUGACAAUUCUCAUAACAAUCAGAGACACCCUCAGCGUAUUAACUUAUGAAAUAUGUUGCCAUUACUGUAUAUAGCGCCUUUCCAGACCAGAUCCCCUCAAAGCAAUGAACACGUUUUAGCAGAGCAAGCAUGAUUGAUGAAAAAAAAAUGAAGAGUUUAACCCUUUCAGUUCUUUAUUGAGUUUACACGAGAACUGCACAAACAUUUUUGUAGAUAUAUUUUGUUAAAUGGGACUUCAGAAUUCUAAAUGGCGCUAAGAGCAUGAGGGUCCAUUGUCCUUGUUUGAGGACAGGCUCUACUUUGUAAUUUCUUACUGGCAUCUACACAUAUUGUUUAAAUUCUCUCUUUCCUAUAUGGUCAUGAUAACUUACUCUUACGUUGUUAAUGGCAAAAGUGAAGUCUAAAUGUAACGUAUCAAAUUCCAUACAGCUUGUGUUUUUAUGUUUGCAAAGGAAAAUGAAUGUGGUUCAUGGGUUAGUUUAACCCGGUAAGUGCUGUUGGUUUCUGCAGCGGCGUUGUAGUCUGGUGUGUAUGACAAGGCUUUGGAUCUUGUUUAUUUGUGCAUGUCGGCAUUCUUUUUAAAAGUUUUUUGUAAGGCAUAAUACUGACAAUGGGCAAAAAAUAAAUAAAGGCAGAUCGUUUAAAUGGUACCUUCUCAAAGUCAAUCUUUUUUUUUUUUUUUUUUACUUGUGGUUUGGUUUCAGGAAAUCCGACCUAUUUUCAGGGUUACCAGUGGAAGCUGUUUUGAUAAUCAUCCAACUGUUUUUUUUUCUUUUUUCUUAUGUUUAAUUCUUUCAUGCAUGAGAUAUUGAAAACAGAAAACCUAGUUUUGGACACAUAAUACAUAUAUAUUUCAUUGAAAAUGUUUUCAAUUUUUCAUUACUUUAUAUGGGAUUAUGUAAGAUCGUCAUGCAUUUGUGUCUCCAGCAUGACUCAUAUAAAGACUAGAAGAGAGGUUUCUGUAUCCGGUUCGUGAGUCAGCGCAGUUGUCUUGAUGUUUUCCGACUUGUAGCUGUUUUUCUUGAUGCGUUCUUGUGACUUGUAUCUUCCACUGUGUUCAAUACGUGCCUCUCUAUCAGGGUCUCACUCACAGGCAGAGGCUCCUAGUGAAAGCAGUUCUCUGGGUAGCUCACUUGGUAGAGCACUGGACUCUGAUUCCUAGGGUAAUUGGUUUAAAUCCCACAUGAGGCACGGGCAUUAAUCUCUUGUUCUGAAAAGAUAAUUGUUUAAUGUACCUUAUAGACCUAUAGGGUUUGGCUUUAAAUCCAAUUAUACAAUAAACCCAGAAAAUCACAACUUAUCCCCAGAUCCAUAUCACAAAAUGUAACAAUAUGUAAUAAUAUGCCAGCUUUAUUCUUGGUGCAGUGUGAUAAUUCAGUGAAAUGCUGUGCUGAUCUUCCUUGGGGGUCUGGGUUCAAAUCUAGCAAACCCAUUACUCUUAGUGGUUUGAGAGUAAUACAAAUCUAUACAAUAGAAUGACUUACUUGAGUUAUAGCCCAGCAAAUAUCAGGCGUUGCCAAAAACAUUUUUUUAUUUUUUUAUUAGCUUGCAGCACAAACUAUUUUUAUUAUUAAGAUCUGUUUCAAUAUCACAGUAAAUCUCUUUCAAUAGAAAUGAUUGCCCAACCAGGUACCUACUACAUUGUAUAAUAACAGGCCAACAGUUGAAGUACAGUUUCAUAGCAGAGGGUGCUGUUGAAGCUUUGUUUCAUAUAGUUUUAUUGACUACAAUGCACAUGGUCACCUGUGUUUAGAGUACCCACCUGUGUCUCUUCUGAUCCAGUCCAAGCCUGUGUUCCAACCACAGCUUUAAUUAGUCAAUUAGAUAGUCCUAACCAGACCUGGACUCAUUUACCAUUGCAAUUAUGCAAUAUGAAUGUUUCCAUGCGCUGAUAAAUUGAAAGGAAAGUGCAAGAUUAAAGCCCUUUGGUACUAGCUACAUGGAUUGCUAUGGGAUUUCUGUUAGUAUUUGCUGAACCAGUCUGUUGGUUGAACACAGUUAGGAUCAUUGCACUUUGUGAGAAUCAAAACCAAACCAGAAUGUAAUCGCUGGUCCAAAAUAGCUCUUGUUGGUUGAGGACACAUUUACCUCUUUUGAAAUGUAUAUACAAGUUGAGUUGACUGCACUAAAUGUUAAAUUAAUAAUGCAUGUUGACAAAAGAAUACUCUUGCAGUCUCCAGAAAUUGAAAAAUCACAAGGAGUUUCUUAUUUUAUCCUUAAAAAAAAAAAAAAAAAAAAUCUUUCAGGUUAGUCUCCCCUGCCAACUUACAGCUUUCAAAACCUUUGAGCACAUACAUGUCCAUUAAGAUAACCAACACAAGAGAAUCAAAAGAGAAGGGGUUUCACUGUGAACUCAACAUGACCACACUACUGGCCCAACACUACAGAAUCAAAACAGAAGAGGUUUCACUAUGAACUUGAAACUUAAAAUGUAAAAUAUCUCCAAAAUAUAUCAUAAUCAGCCGUUUAUUAAUGAUGAUGCUAUCAGCUAUCGUUCUGCGUUUAUAGUAAAUUAACAUAAAAUAGAACGCACGACAGGGUGUUAGAAAAGGUUUUGUUAAAUCUUAUUAGAUGACUUACAAAUAUGAUAAUAGUACUGCUUCUGAAGCCCCAGGGACGAGGCUGUAUAGAAUAAUACAUGGGUGGAUCAAUGUGAAAGGGGAUCUGUUCAUUCGAUUGUAACGGGUGCCAUGAUAUAAAUACCACAUAGCAGUUUGAUCCACGCUUCGUUUUACCAUGACUUUAACAAGACACCCCUGAGCUUGUUACCUAUACACUGGGGUUCGUCAAGCUCGUAGCAAAACCUGGAAUGGGUGAAACUGCUAUGAAAUGGGAGUCUUGUUUCCAUCUCAUCAUUCAAACAGGUCCCUUGCUGGCGUUUUGCAAGCGUGUAAAGACAAUACACAAAAUAGGUAAUAUAUAUUUAUAUGCACUGGUAAAUAUGUUGUUUUUUAUAUCCUUGGUACACAGAAAGUCGUUUCUCAAUGAUCUGAACAGCAGCAGUGCUUAAAUCUGUUAAUUAAAAAGACACCCAGGUGGACCCCCCUCCCCCUGUUGUCAGCUGACAUGGAAACCAUGAUGCUGAUCAUACACUAAUCCAAUCUACAGGAGCUGCCAAGAAAAUGACUAAAAGUCUGAAAAGCAAACUUGGGGAAACCAUGGGUACAGACAAACAUUCUCUUUAUUGAGCAUCACAUGAAUUUUUCCAUUGUAGAGAAAGACCGGCAGUGCCUAGAAUGUAUAGCAAAAAAAACCACUGAUUGGUAAAAGAAAGCUUACAAACGUACGGCUCUCAUCAGCCACUGGGUUCAUUUGUUGUAUUUUUUAUUGUUUCAUUUUCAUUUUUUAUUAUUAUUUUUCUUUGUUUUUACAGCGGUGAUUGAUAAUAAUGUAAGCAAUUUAUUAUUAUGAUUAUUAUUAUUAUUAUUUAUUAUUAUUAUUAUUAUUAUUUUUUAAGUGAAAAGAUCAAAGUUAUAAUCAAAGUAGAAAGGACAAAGAAUGAAGUCAUGAAAACUGGUUUUAAUUGUAAACACUACAUUCGAUUGGUUUUGCAGCACAAACAUCCCACAUGAGAGAAACACCAUUCACUAAGAGAGAGAAAAGCAGCACAAAAAAGCAUUCACUGAAAAGAGAGAGUGAGAGAGCGUGAGAGAGCGUGAGAGAGAGUGAGAGGAAGUGAGAGUGAGAGAGAGUAUCAGAGCAAAAAGUCUAAAAGAGAAACAUCUUGUUUUCAAUCUACUGGCCAGUGAGGGCUGUGCUUUUUCUAUGCAGACCUGGAGGGGUGAACAAGUCGAUUUGGAUUACAGUUAGAGACUAAGAGAAAGCGCAUGAACCAUGUUAACUGUACAGCCAGACUGCCUGUGAUCCACAUUGCUCUGAAAACAGACUCCAGUGCAGUAAAGACGCUUGCAGAUGCAGGGCAAUCAGGCAGGAAAGGAACCAGUGCAGUGCAUUUACAUCAAUAUCGGUCACUAAGAACUGUGUAAUGCCUCUUAGAGCCGUUGCAAAAAAAAAUUAAAUAAAACAUUUUAAAAAAAGGGGGGGGGGGGGGGAAUCUACAGCACGAGAAAUAGUCAUUUUUCAAAGUAUUAUUAUUAUCAUCAUUAUUUUUUUACCUUCUACUUGGCUAGAACCUGACCUACAG